ACUUACCCGGAAUGCCAUCACUGGUGAUGCCUAUUGGCAGCUUUUCGGAAAGGAUUUUGCCCUGUCUAAACUGAAGAGUUUCAGAAAAGUAAAAUAAAAAGCAUAAAGGGUAAAAAAAAAGGUUAGUCCGAGACGAAAAAAAGAACAUGACCAGUUUUCGCAAGCGCACCGUGCAGAAGCCCAUCCGGGGCACCCGCACCAGUCCGCACACGGCACAGGUUAUUACCUCUAGCGGGAACCCCUACUUGGAUGUGGUCAUUGGCGGCGGAUUGCCAAUGGGGUCUAUCUGCCUGAUCGAGGAGGAUCGAUUCAUGACGCACGCCAAAGUGCUGGCCAAGUACUUUCUCGCUGAAGGCGUGCUGUCCAAGCAGGAGAUCUUUCUGGGGAGCUUAGACGACAUCCCCGCGGAGAUGCUCCGUCGUCUUCCAAAGCCCCUCACCGAUUUGGAGUCGGAAGUAGAGCAACGUGAGGAGGAACAGGCAGCGGCCGGUGCCGGGGCCGAGAACGGUUUACGGAUCGCUUGGAGGUACAACGACUUGCCAUUAGUUCACUCGGAGCACGCCACUGCCAAGAUCGGGCACCACUUCAAUUUAAUGGAGCAAAUGGACUCGAUUAUGCUGUACUACGCCAACACCACUAUGUGGGACGAUAGCCACAAGGAGGCCGACAUUGUUAUUGCCUUCGGCGAUGAAUUUUCAAAAAGCAGCUCCCCCACCUCCUGCUCCUUGGAGCAGCAGCCCGUGGAGAACGCUCCAGCCAUUCCGGGAGCCGUAGAAGAGAUCACCCAGGAAGUAAAGGCCAAGGAGGAGACAAACGCCAAUAACAAUAACAAUAGUAGCACAACUGUCACCAGCAGCACAAAAACUGGCAGCCAAGAGUCCCAGGUCUUUCAUAACGCCCGUUACGGGGGACUGCUAAACAAUAUACAGCAACUGCUUCGGGACGAGAGUUUUGUGGCCGGGACCAAGCAGAACUUGUGUCGUGUGUGCUUGACGUCUUUAGGAUCGCCUUUGUGGUACGACGAGCACUUUGGGGAGGACUUGAUCAAGUUCCUUACCCUUCUGAUGGCGAGUGUUCGGAACUGCAACUCGGUGUGCCUCAUCACCAUGCCAAUGCAUCUGAUUGCCAAGUACGAUGCCAGCCUGGUGCCUAAGAUCCGUCAGUUGGUGGACUACGCUAUCGAGCUGGAAUCUUUUGCUGGAUCCGAAAAGGAAACACAUCCAGCUUUCAAGGAGUACAGUGGACUACUCCACUUGCACAAGAUGUCAGCCUUAAACACGCUGGCAGUCCACAUGCCGGAUACCACGGACUUGGCCUUCAAACUGCGCCGCAAGAAGUUCGUUAUCGAGAAGUUCCACCUGCCACCGGAGCUGCAAGAGUCCCCCAAACCGGAUAGCUGCAGUACCAGUAUCUUGAGCAAUUCCAAUGCCACGGCCUCGCUGGAUUUCUAGCUAUCAGCGAAAUUAGAAAUUAAGUGCGCGUAUGUAACCACGAAAAAACAACAAAAUUGCAUAAUAAUAAGCCAAGUAAAUGCAUUAAUAUAUCAGCCCUGAUUUUGUACCAUUUUGAAAAA